CGCAAUGCCCGCAAUGCCCGCAAUGCCGAGCUCCCCUCACACCGCGCCCGGGCCCGCGCUCCGAGCGGCCGCCCCCGGAAGUGCUCGCGGGGCCGAGGCGGAAGCGGGGCGGGGCGCGCUCUCUUUGGCGCUGGCGGCCGGCGAAGAUGACGAAGGGUACAUCGUCAUUUGGUAAGCGACGAAAUAAGACACAUACCCUGUGUCGUCGAUGUGGGUCCAAGGCGUACCAUCUGCAAAAAUCCACCUGUGGGAAAUGUGGUUACCCUGCUAAGCGUAAGAGAAAGUAUAACUGGAGUGCGAAGGCUAAGAGACGCAACACCACUGGUACUGGUCGCAUGAGGCACCUGAAAAAGGUGUACCGUCGAUUCAGGAAUGGAUUCCGUGAGGGGACCACACCGAAGCCCAAGAGAGCAGCUGUUGCAGCCUCCAGUUCAUCUUAAAGAUUCAUCUAUUUGUUAAAAUAAAUGGUCUUAUUCARAAAA